AUAAACAGAAAAAUAUAAACUUCAAGAAUCAUUAAAAUAAAUAUUCACAUUAAAAUGGGCAUCCAAGGAUUAAUUUCAUUCUGUGAGCAAGCAACUACACCAAUAACAAUUAGUCAAAUUAAAGGAAAAUGUGUUGCCGUCGAUUCUUAUUGUCUUCUUCAUCGAGGAGCUUACAGUUGUGCUGAUAAAUUAAUUAAAGGAAUCAAAACUUCUUCUCAUAUAGACUUUAGUAUGAAAUAUGUUUCUAUGUUGUUAUCACUUAAUAUUAAACCAAUCAUGGUGUUUGAUGGACGAAAUCUUCCAGCUAAAGCACUGACAGAAACGAAAAGAAGGAAGGAUCGUGAAAUUGCUAAGGAGAAAGCAAAAGAACAUUUAAGAGGUGGAAAGAUUGAUGAAGCACGGAGGGAAUUUGCAAAAGCCGUUGAUAUUACACAUGAACAUGCAAUAGAAUUGAUGAAAGAGUGUCGUAAACUUGGAGUUGAAUGUAUCACAGCGAUGUAUGAAGCUGACAGUCAAUUAGCAUAUUUAAAUAAAAAAGGAAUUGCUGAAUAUAUUAUAACUGAAGACAGUGACUUGAUCUUGUUUGGAUGCCAAAAAAUCAUCUUCAAACUUCAACUAGAUGGACGAUGUUUGCUGUUCGACGCAAGCAAAUUACAUUUGACACUCAACACAUCAGAAGAGAAAUUUUCAUUUGAUAAAUUUCGACGUAUUUGCAUUCUAUCUGGUUGUGAUUAUUUAGAUAACUUAUACGGUGUUGGACUUGCAAAAGCAAAGAAAUUUAUGAUGCUCACUGAGGAAGAAGACAUGAAACGAGCUUUGUUGAAAAUUCCUUCAUAUUUAAACAUGAAGAAGUUAACAAUAACUGACGAAUAUAUCGAAGGAUUUUUAAAAGCUGAAGCAACAUUCAAGUACAUGUUCGUGUAUGAUCCUUUAAAGAGAGAAAUGUUGAGACUGAAUCCAAUUGAUGAUAAUGAUCCAGAACUUGCGUACUGCUCAAAUGCUGGUGAACUACUUGAACCUGAAAUCGCAUAUCAAUUGGCGUUAGGCAAUUUAAAUCCUCGAACAUUUCACAAAAUGGAAAAUUUCGACCCAAAUGGCAAUUUAACAAAUGUAAAGAAACCAAACAACAUUAGAACUGCUAGACAUGAAAUCAUAUGGAAAUUUAACAGUGAAAUGAUCAAUAACAAACAAAAAUCUACUUGGAAACAACAAUCUCGUCUUACCACUUUUCUGGGAACUAAAAGUAUUCAAAAGAAACAACUUUUGGAAGUGCAGAACAUUAUAGAUCAAGAAAAUCAUGUGACAACUGAAGUUGAAAUGGAUGAUUUGUUAUCUUCAUAUGUUUCGCCAGAAGUAUCGACAUCAAAAAGAAGAAACAAAGAUGAACCAGAUCGUGAAGAACAUCUUAGUGUUAAUCCAUUUGCAAAACGACAUCAAAGUGAUGACAGAAAACUUUCUGCCAAACCUUCUCUCUUGAAAUCCUUUCUGAAUGGAGAAAAGAAAGAAAACAAUAAACUUGAUCAUCGAGUUGUAAGUAGAUUUUUUGCUGGAAAAGAUAAAUCAAUAAAAAAGACUGAAACAAAUCUAACUACGGAAGACUGCACAGAAUUAGCUGAAAUGCUUUCAAACUGUCAAGAAAAGAUGCUGAAACAUAAACAAUUUUAUGAGGAUACCAAAUCGUUUGAAAGAUCUAACAACGAUGAAGAAGAUGAUUCUAAAAAUGUCAGUUUUGAAUCUUCUAUUAGCAAUGAAGAUACUGAAAUUAUAACAAAAGAAACUGAAAACUUAAACGAUGAAAAGAUAAUCGUUUUGGAAAAAUUUGAGUUAAAACCAAAGCUUGAAAUUAGCUUCAAUGCAUCUUCUCACGAGGCAAGUAAUAUAAAAUCAUCAUUGAACCUGAAAACCAACCUUCCUAAAGUCAACAACAAAAGAAAGCCUUCAGCAAAAAAAUCCUCUGGUAGCAUAACAAACGUUAGUUCUUCUGAAAACUCAUCAAUACAGACGAAGCUUAGUAAGUUUGGAUUUCAAAAGAAAACCACAAUAAAUUUGAUAUAAAAUAAAAUAAUAAAACAUAAGCUUCACUCUUUUUACACUCAAAUCUUGUGUUUUGGGGAAAAUCAUAGCGAGGGAAAAAUAAUUUUGAAUAGUUCCACAGCAAUUUCUGAAAUUUGUAGAAUUUUUCAUCAAUUAAUUUUAAAGAUAUAAAUAAGGAUAUAAAUAUGGUUAAAAUGGA